AUAAUCCCACAAGAAGUGGGCCCGUUAGGGCUUGAAGAAGGUCCGAUUUUGUGGACGCCCGUAUUCGAAAUCAUAUGCAAUCACGUGGGGUCCGCUUCGUUCUUUCUACACGGUAGAGAGAGAGGAGAUGAUUACGUUUAUCCCGGUUUGCUAAAGAAUUCCUCCGCGGAUAAGAAUUGUAACGUGCUUUUGCUCGAAGUGGAGCCUAGGCAUCAAAGUGAAGGAGGGAAACUCACGUAUAGCAAGAGCUUUGCUCGUGAAUUGGAUAACGAGGUUUCUUUGUCGAAUAAGCUAUCAAGAUCGUGUAGUGGGAGGGUUUCUAAUUCGAAGUCGCAGAAAAUGCCCUUUAGCCGUUUGGGUUUUGGCGAUCGAAGGAGGCUACUCGAUGUUGUUACGAGUCAAAUCCGAAAUAUUGUUCCGAAAGAAGCAAAUGUGAUGUUGUUUCCUCGCUCGAAGAACGAUUUUGGGGUCUUGUACGAGAGGAGAUUGUUGCUCUUGCAAAUGUACGAUGAAGAAUCAUCGUCGCCUUUUAAUCCCACCGAAUUAGGAUCGAGCGACGUGUGCAAAAGCCUCGAGUGUACUACUACUACUACGAGUGUGGAUCAAUGCCACGUCACCAAAAGCAAGACCCUCUCGGGAUUUCUAAAGAAUGGGCUCAAACACAUAUUAAGGAAAUCAAGCGUCGAUCAAGAAAGUCAGAAAUCAACUUCUUCUUCUUCGAGAUGCCAGAGUAAACUCCACGAAUUUCUUCGAUCGGGAGAUAGGGUUGGAUUGAGUUUACGAGCCGCAACUAUGAAACUAUCUUAUUACCGAGCGUGGCCCAAUAUGCACGACAGUCGGUUCGCUCUCUACAAAUUACCAUUACACCCCUCCAAUGCAUGCGACGAGUAUGCAGGUUUGUGGGGGGCCACUUUCGGUUGGCCCCCGGGGCGGAAAUCCGAGGAAAAACCCGGAAAAGCCCUUUUCUUGAUUUUGAUAUCUUACGAAGAAUCGGAAGGGGAGAAGCUUAUGAUUGGUACAAAGAUAUUGGAAGGCACUUCGUACGUAUUGCAUCCUAAUGGAUCGGCUAUGUUUAUUGUGAACGUAAAUCAACCGUCUAUGGAAUUAUUUCCGAUCGAGAGUGAUGGAGAAUCGAAUUAUAUUGAAGUUAAAAGGUCGUUUUCGGGAGAAGGUGUUGCGAAUGGGUACGGGUUUAGAUAUCCGGGUUCGAAACCGGGCUCGCUUUUUGUUCUUGAAAACGGAUUGCUCGUUUUUAUGUGGAAGGAGUCAAGGGUCGUGUUGACUUUGCAGAGGCUCGAUUUGGGGGAGCUUUUGAGGAAAGGGGAAAGAGUGAAUUCUUUGUCGCCGAUUUCGAAUUUUGCGUAUUUGACAAAGACGUACUCGAACGUUUACUCGGGAUUUUGAAAUUUUCUUGAAAAUAGGCGGCGCUCUAUUUUUUUCCUCCAAGGAUUUUUUUUUUUUGCUGCUGGUGCCAAACGAAGAACUGUGUCGUAGAUGGAUGAAAGAGGUUCGAUUAUUUCGAUAUAUUCUUUCGACUGUGCUGACUGAGUUUUGGUAAAAUGCAUUGGAAAAGAAACAUUUGUAUAACCAUUGUGUUUGGGGUUGUUAAAGUCUGAUGUUUAUAGACACAAAUUGAUGCUGAAAAAGAGUGAUUUAUUUGAGAAAUGAUUGAGUUUG